CCACUGUGGUAGAGACAGCCGCGGGAUCUGGCGCCGGGGAAAGCUCUGGACAUCGCUUGCAGUAGGGUCAGCUCAUAGUCGCUAACUACUAAAUCCGGAGUUGGCACUCUUCCUACAUCCUACCUGUUUGUUGGAGGCAAACUUCGUUCAGACGUGCCAGGCAUGCUUCGUAAAGAGCUUGCGUCUUCGCGGUCAUCAAAAACGUGGCUGCUUGUAUAGAAAUGCCGUGGGAAAUGGCAUGAACACUCACCAAUUGGUAGUACCCUCUUGGUGUGCUGUGGAAGGUGGCAUCUAUAUGGGCAGACCGAGCUUCCAAUAACGCCGGCAACGCGCCAACAUUGACGAAAACCAAAGCGUGUGCAUCCCCUGCCGUGACACGACCGAAAAAAAAACGAUGUUCCCCAUUUAAAUCCAUCCUAUUUCAACAAAAGAAAGGGAUCGUAGGGUUCGUCUCUCUCCGCGCCCGAUACAUCGUCGCUCUUAUCUCCUGGUAUUGGCAUGGAGGAGGGCCAGGAAACCUUGGAGAAGUUCACAUCAUUAUUUUACAAAUUUUUACAAAGUCUGAUGGCCAUCAUUCGUGCCAUGGGCCAACUCAGAAUCAACUUCGUUUCAAGAUUUUUGACGUCGGCGGACAGCGAUCAGAACGUAAAAAGUGGAUUCACUGUUUCGAAGGAGUGACAGCCAUCAUCUUUUGCGUGGCGUUAUCAGGUUACGAUCUGGUGUUACCCGAGGACGAAGAGAUGAAUCGCAUGAUCGAGUCAAUGAAGCUGUUUGACUCGAUAUGCAACAAUAAGUGGUUUGUGGAGACCUCCAUCAUCAACGGCAAAGGAACAGCUGCUGAUGGCCAGCACGGCCAAGACGGGCAACGAUCACAGAAGAGCGAAAAGAAAACGGCCGUAAGCAAGAAAGCCAUGACAAGAGUGAACGCCGAUUGGAAGAAGGAGGAAUCGACUGCCGAAUCACUGGCUUAUCUCGAGCGAUCCAUUCGUUCUGACGCCGCCUCCCUUUAAUCCGCUGAAGCUGCAGCCAAUCGGCACGAAGAAUUGUCAAAAGUCUCAGCGGAAAAUGAGAAACGUGUUAGAGCAGCCGCGGAAGAAGAAGAAACCAACAAGCGAAAACUGAAACACGCCAAAGAAUUGUAAGAGCGGAUUGAGAAGGAAUUUCAAAAGGCCAAAAAGAUGUGCACAGCUCAAUCGAUGCAGUCACAGCGGACGAAUAGAAUUGCCGACCAACUUCCCAAUGAAUCUGAAACAAAAGAAGAAUCUGAAGAAUUUGACUCCAUCAUCACCGAUAGUACAAUUCAAACGAUGCAGAUAACAUCCAGCGACGAGUGGGAUUCGCUUGAAGGCGUUCCAUUAUUGGAUGCUCUUAUUGACAAAUUCUCCGACGACGCAGAAAAGUCGCAAACAUUAUCGAUGCUGACCCAGUCUUUGGUUUUGCAAAUCCGCCAUCAACAUUUGUGGAUUGAAGUGACGACUAUUGUCCGGCGUCACAUCGACUGCGUCGAUGAUUUCAUUCAGUCCCUCAAGUACAUCAAUCAAGAUAUCGAACUGGCGCAACUGUUUGUGUUCAACAAGGAAGAACAACGCCUGAAUGAUCUCCAACGAGCUGUCCAAGAUAAAACUUUUGUUUUCGCAGUGCAAUCAAUCGAGUGGAUUAAGAAACGAGAGAUCGACAUCAUUGGCUCCUUCAAAGAUCAAGGCGAAAAAUCUGACAAGGAUUCAUUCGUGGAGUUUGUCGAACGACUUUUGGAAGUGGAACCGAAAAAAGUGGACGUCGAUUCUAUGAGGCCGCAACUUCAAAGAGCCCUGCACUUUCUCCUUCACAAUCGAAUCGUCUCGUUUACGGCAGCUGAAGUAACUUUAUUAAAUAAGUUAUUUGAUAAAAGCCGUUUUGGUCUUGUUCGAGACGAAUCUUUCUGUCAAGACGAGGCCGAUUUGCGAGCAGAAUAUUUACUCAACUGGAAAGAGCGUUACUUUUUGCGCUUGACAGACUGCUACGCUGAAAUCGAUCGGAUUCGGAAGAAACUUCGUGAAAAUUGGAAGGAAAACUGUAUCAACGCGGACCUGGUUGCCGAACCAACCAAAGCAUCCGACAAAUGGACGUGCUCCUGAACAAGUACAACUUUCUUACCAGCCUGUUCAUGUCGCCAACAGAAUCUGUCAAGCAAUGGCAGUCUCUUAGUGAA